UCAUUGAGAUAAGUAAAUCAUUCCCCACCACGGAAGAGGGCCAUUCGGCAGGAGCGACCGAGUGGUGGCCAGACACCGCUGCUCCUGAUCUUCGAGGGAGAGAGGGAGAGAGAGAGAGAAUUUGCCCAGCCAUGGUGGAUGUGGAGUUUGGGCGGAUGUCCAUCAAGGAGAGCAAGGUGGAAGGCAAAGAUGGCAGCAGCCCUGUGCAACCCCAUUGGUAUGAGCAGUACAUCCAGCCUUGCAUGGCGGAGCUGGUGGGCUCUGCCUUCUUCAUCUUCAUGGGCUGCAUUUCAGUCAUCGAGAACGUGGAUGGUACUGGCAGGCUGCAGCCGGCAUUGGUGCAUGGAUUGGCCCUGGGGCUCACCAUUGCUGUCUUGGGCAAUAUCAGUGGGGGCCACUACAACCCUGCCGUCUCCCUCGGGGCGUGGCUCGUGGGUGGGCUGAACAUGGUGAUGGUCAUUCCAUACUGGAUUUCCCAGCUGUGCGGGGGGCUGAUCGGAGCUGCUUUUGCUAAGGCCGUGACUGCUGAUGAAAGCUACCAGAAUGCCAGCGGGGCAGCAUUCACGACCAUCACGUCGGACGACUGCCUGGCGAGGGCUGUGGUGAGCGAGGUCAUCAUGACGAUGUUUCUGGUCAUGGCCGUCUGCAUGGGGGCCAUCAAUGAGAGAACCAAGGGACCCUUGGCCCCCUUCUGCAUUGGCUUCACGGUGACCGUGGAUAUCCUGGCAGGGGGUGCUAUCUCAGGAGCCUGCAUGAACCCAGCCAGAGCGUUUGGCCCAGCACUGGUUGCCAACUACUGGGAUUACCACUGGGUGUACUGGGUAGGCCCCAUGGUGGCUGGACUCCUGGUAGGAGCUUUGAUUAGGUUCCUCCUUGGAGACAAGAAAACCCGCAUCUUCCUCAAAUGAGUGCGCCCCCAGUUGUUUGGGCAGAGCAUCCAGCGGGGGGUGGGGUGGGGGGGCUCCUCUGCCUGACCAGACCUCUCCGGCACCGUCUGCCACUGACAUCUCUGCUUCCCUGUCUGACCGCCACCCCCAAGCAAGAGGGCGCCUCCAUCUGCCUGGAGGUGGCAGACCGGCCCAUGGACUCUUCUCGGCGCACUGCUCUUCCGGCUCCAGACGAAACUGUUCCGGGUUCUCCUGGUGGGGCUGACCAGGAGGAGUCGCUUUCCCUCUGUAUAACUUGCCUGUAAGCGAUGUGAUCCCUUGCCAAUUCCCCACGGCAAGGAGGAAGGGUCCCCCGGUUCUCCUGCGCUUUGCUUGCCAGAGAGGGGGCUGUGCAGAGGCAUCCAACGUUUUGGGGGAGGGGUUCCAAAGGUCACCCUCACUCCCCCCAAUUAACCUGAGGAGGAGAGGGUAGUUCUCCUGCUGGCCAAGUCAGGGCCUCCCCCCCACCCCCCACUGCCGUCAGCCACUGCCCACAGGGGCAUGCUCACUUCAGCUUCACCCCCACUAGGAGUCGGUAGCGCUGGUUCUUGGCUGCGUUGCUGACGGCCCCCCCAAAACAGGCCAGGAGUUUCAUUAGUGCCAACCUCUAAUAAUAAUAAUUUCGAUUUAUAUACCGCCCUUCAGGACAACUUAAUGCCCACUCAGAGCUGUUUACAAAGUAUGCCAUUAUUAUCCCCACAACAAUAAUCACCUUGUGAGGUGGGUGGGGCUGAGAGAGCUCUGAGAAGCUGUGACUAGCCCAAGGUCACCCAGCUGGCUUCAAGCAGAGGAGUGGGGAGUCAAUCCCGGCUCUCCAGAUCAGAGUCCUGCCGCUCUUAACCGCUGCACCAAACUGGCUCUCCCCUCUAAGGCUUUGUAGAUCUCCACCUUCUUGCAGAGGAAUGAAGGUUUCUCCACAAUUCCAGCAAGAGUGCUUUGCCGGAGGCUCACGUUGUGGGAAGGAGGUGGCUGCUGCCCUCCUCCUUCUUUGCCAAAUGCUGCCCAGAGAAGCAGCUGUAAAUCCCAAUAAGGUGAAUCCAAGCAGAGCCCGUGGAAGGCUGCCCAUACAUCACGCCCAGCGACAGCACUGAUUGAUCGCUGCGUCCCUCCUUGUCCAAAAAGCACAGACCAGCAGCAGGCAAUGGCGCCUGGGGACUUUCCCCACCUGCCUGACCGAUGGGCCCAGCUCCUUCUUGGCCAGCUGUGGCUGGGACUUCUUCCUUCUGCCGGGCAUGUCGGAGACCCGGGCAGGCAGGGGCCAGCAUGGAACUAGCCAGGAUCCUCCUCCCUCCCUGGCUCAUUGUGGUGAUUGGAGGGUUGCCAUGCCAGAACUUUCUUCUCUUCUGGCUGCAAUUCAACAGGUUCAGCUUCUUCCAGUAUGCUGAGGCAGUGGUUGGGGAAACUGCCAAAAGCCCAGGAAAACCUGCUUGGAAUGGGGGCAGCAGUGACUUCAGGCUGUCUUACUGGAGAAGGAAGCACACUCUGAACAUGCACAGAGGCGCUCCUCUUGAUUCUUAUUCCGAGUAUUCUACAAUUCUGUGGGUCCUUAAAAUAAAUAACGUAUUUUAAA